AUGACUCAGAAAUUCUCCUUCCCCAGCAUCAAGAUGUACGAUGGCACUGGAGACCCCGACGAUCAUAUCGCACAAUAUAAACAGAGGAUGCUAGCGGUUGCUCUCCCCAAGGAGUCUCGUGAAGCUACCAUGUGUAAAGGGUUCGGCUCCACUCUAAUUGGACCCGCUUUGCAAUGGUAUAUCAAUCUCCCUACCAGGUCCAUCUCUUCCUUUGCCGGCCUGAGCGACAAGUUCGUAGAACAAUUCGCGAGUAGCAGGAGCCUGGAGAAGACUUCAGACGGUCUCUACGAGAUCCUCCAGCAUCGAGUAGAACCCCUGCGGAAAGUAGCGGUCCCUGAAUGCAGCAUCCCUGCCGCAAGCUCUGCCUUCAAGAGAGACCUACUUCCAGACAGAGGGCUCUACAAAGAGCUAACCAUGUACCCUUGCAAAACUAUGGAGGAUGUGCUAUCCCGAGCGUGGGCACAGGUGAAGUGGGAAGAGUACGUCGCUUGCCGCGCCAAGGCUCAACCCAAACAGGAUCAGAGGUCCACCCGAUCAGACCGGGGUGACCGAGAAGAAAGAUCCUCCCAAAAGGGAUCCAAGGACACCGGAAGCAGGAACCGGGGCAGGUUCCAAUACCAGCCAUUAGAAAAAGAAGAAGGGAUGCUGUGUCUACCUGGCCCGAUAUCUCCCAUCUCUCAAUAUCCACACCAGAGCUGGUCAACACGCUGA